AUGCCAUUAACAGAAGCACCUCUGGUUCAGACGUUUUGGGAUGGGAAAAUAAGCAACAGAAUCACAGAUCUAAAUGAGAGCUGUUUUUGUUUUUUUCCAAAAGAACAUAUUCUCCUUAACCAGGCUGAAAAGGACACACAAAUGGAAUUCUCUAAGCCAUUUAAAGUGGUUCUGAAUGUAAAUGCACAUUUCUUUUUGUGUAAUGUAAAAAUCAGACAAAACCUAACUUCCUACGAGAGACCUGUUUUUCCCACUUUGGGUGUAAAAAAACGCCGAUUCAGCUGCAUCAGAACAGCCUCCUGA